AGCACCAACUUCACGAUCUCGGACGUUACGUCGGCGUUCACCGCUGCGAAGAUUGUCCCAGAUGUGCUGCCUGCAUUCAAUCCGACCGGUAUAUUGAAUGUGGUGUUCUUGGACAACACUACCGGGUCCUCCGUUAACGUAACGCCCGGCGAAAACCUGACCAGGGAGCAAAACGCACUUCGUCCGCAGGUGUUCUUGACCACGAACGACACGUCGUUUGCCCAGCAGACGUUCGUGCUCGCCAUGGUCGACCCGGACGCGCCGACGCCCCAAAGUCCGACGGUAGCACAGAUUCGGCACCUGCUCGCCCCUGGUAUCCAGGCCAAUGGCAGCCUCGCUGCCGGCGCAGCCCUCGUGAACAACACGCCUGCCAUAUCGGACUUCCUCAGGCCGACUCCCCCUGCAGGGUCUGACCCGCACCGCUACAUAUUGCUUCUCUUCGUGCAGCCGGCGAACUUCACCACCGUCGCGUCGCAGUUCGUGAACGCUUCGACGCCCAUCAGCAACUUCAACAUCUCGCUCUUCGCAGAGCAGGUCGGGUUGGGCAGCCCGAUCGCCGGCAACUUCUUCUUGACUGGCCCGGACGCAAACAGCACC